AUGCGGCGGAGGAGACGGGGCAGGCCCCACCUCCUUUGUCCGCCCUGCCCUCCCAUUGGCCAGAGCCCGGGACAGGGGGCGGAGCAAAGAGGGCCGGGGCCUGAAAGCGGCGGGGCAGGGGCGGGGCCCGGCGGCGUGCAAGCGGUGAAGGUGGUGCGGCCUCGGCGGGGCCGGUGCGCGAGGCUGCGGUCGUGCUUCGGCGGCCAGCCCCGGGCCCGCCGCUGCCAUGGACUCUCUGCGCCAGCGCUUCGAAAGGUUUCUGGAGCAGAAGAACGUUGCCACCGAAGUGCUCGGGGCACUCGAAGCCAGGACCGGUGUAGAGAAGCGGUAUCUCGCCGUGGCAGUCACUCUGCUAAGCCUGUAUCUUCUAUUCGGCUACGGGGCGUCUCUGCUGUGCAAUGUAAUCGGAUUUGCAUACCCCGCAUAUGCUUCAGUCAAGGCUAUCGAGAGCCCAAGCAAGGAAGACGAUACUGUGUGGCUAACCUACUGGGUGGUUUACGCCCUUUUCGGCCUGGUCGAAUUCUUCAGCGAUCUACUCCUAUUCUGGUUCCCUUUCUACUACGCGGGCAAGUGCGCCUUCCUGUUAUUCUGCAUGACGCCGGGACCGUGGAACGGAGCACUCAUACUGUACCACCGCGUCAUACGACCGCUGUUUCUAAAACAUCACGUGGCCCUCGACACCGCCGCGAGCCAGCUAAGCGGAAGAGCGUUGGACAUAGCGGCUGGGAUAACCCGGGACGUCCUGCAGGUCCUGGCCCGGGGCCGGGCUCUCGUCACCCCAGCAGCAACAGUGGAAACCCCGGCCGCUCUGGAACUGGACCCCAAGACAAGUCAGACCCCGCCGCUGAAGUCGAAGUGAGGUCCUCUACCAGUCUGUUGGCAGAAUCCAAGGCCAAUGACAAGAAACACAUGGCCAACAACAAGGAACAGACAGCCAACGAGCGAGGACAGACAGCCAACGACUGGGGACAGACAGCCAACGAAAGGGGACAGACAUCCAACGACUGGGAACAGCCAGCCAACGACUGGGAACAGCCAGCCAACAACUGGGGACAGACAGACAACGACUGGGAACAGACGGCCAACGACAGGGGACAGAUGGCCAACGACAGGGGACAGACAGCCAACGACUGGGGACAGACAGACAACGACUGGGGACAGACAGCCAGCGACAGGGGACAGACAGCCAACGACUGGGGACAGACAGGCAGCGACAGCGGACAGCCAGCCGAAGACAGGGAACAGUCAGCCGACGACAGGGGACAGCCCCUGUCUGAAGACAGGGGAUACACAACUGAUGACAGGGGAUACAUAGCCGACGACGACGGGGGAUACGCAGCUGAUGAGAGGGGUUACCUAACCGAUGAGAGGGGUUACCUAACCGAUGACAGGCGACACGUAGUUGACAACAGGGCAUACAUAGUCGAUGACAAGGGACUCGUAGCUGACGACAAGGGACACAUAGUCGACAACAGGGCAUACAAGGUCGAUGACAGGGGAUACAUAGUCGAUGACAAGGGACACGUAGUGGACAACAGGGGACACAUAGUAGACAACAGGGGAUACAUAGUGGAUGACAAGGGACACGUAGCCAGUAACAGGGUAUACAUAGUGGACAACAGGGCAUACUUAGUCGAUGACAAGGGAUACAUAGUUGACAACAGGGCAUACAUAGUCGAUGACAAGGAACACGUAGUUGACAACAGAGGACACAUGGUGGAUGACAAGGGACACAUAGUUGACAACAGGGGACACGUAGUUGACAACAGGGGACACGUAGUUGACAACAGGGGAUACAUAGUCAACGACAAGGGACACAUAGUUGACAACAGGGGAUACAUAGUCAACGACAAGGGACACAUAGUUGACAACAGGGGACACGUAGCCAAUAACAGGGGAUACAUAGUGGAUGACAAGGGACACGUAGUGGACAACAGGGGACACACAGUUGACAACAGGGGAUACAUAGUGGAUGACAAGGGACACAUAGUUGACAACAGGGGACACGUAGUGGACAACAGGGGACACACAGUUGACAACAGGGGAUACAUAGUGGAUGACAAGGGACACAUAGUCGAUGACAAGGGACACAUAGUUGACAACAGGGGAUACAUAGUGGAUGACAAGGGAUACAUAGUCGAUGACAAGGGACACGUAGUUGACAACAGGGGACACAUAGUUGACAGCAGGGGAUACAUAGUGGAUGACAAGGGACACGUAGUGGACAACAGGGGACACAUAGUUGACAGCAGGGGAUACAUAGUAGAUGACAAGGGACACGUAGUGGACAACAGGGGACACAUAGUUGACAGCAGGGGACACGUAGUUGACAGCAGGGGACACAUAGUUGACAGCAGGGGACACAUAGUCGACAGUAGGGGAUACAUAGUGGAUGACAAGGGACACGUAGUUGACAAUAGGGGACACGUAGUGGACAACAGGGGACACAUAGUUGACAAGAGGGCAUACAUAGUAGAUGACAAGGGACACGUAGUGGACAACAGGGGACACAUAGUUGACAGCAGGGGAUACAUAGUGGACGACAAGGGACACAUAGUUGACAGCAGGGGAUACAUAGUGGACGACAAGGGACACAUAGCUGAUGAAAAUGGACACAUAGCCGACAACAAGGGACACAUAGCCAAUGACAAGGUCCACACGUCGGACGCCCAGGCCUCUGACAACUCCUCAGAGGAAGACUCCUCGGAAGACUCUUCGGACACCCAGACAGAGACCCAGCAGCAACAACGCCGAACCUCAAGUCCAAGCAAGCCAGCAGGAAGCCCCUCACAAGCUCUGACCGAGCAUUUUCCAUCCUCGGUCAGCCCACAUUCCACAGCUACAUCCCACGGCCAGCCGGCUGUUGGUGCUAUCGGCCCUGUCAGCGGCUUCCAGGUGCCCAGCAAGCCCCGGGGCUAUCGUGGCCGGGGCAGCUCCAGGUCUACACAGCGUACCCGGCUGCCCAGUUCGGGGACCUCUCACCUGCCCUCACGAUUUGGGGGGUCCUCACAGCCAGCUGGCCGGCCCUUUGGACCCACUCGGACAAUAGGCCGGAACCAGGGAGCCAACCAGCAGCCCCCUCAGAUGGUACCAUCAAGCCAGCCUGUGGGCCGAUCGGCAGCCACCUCAGCCGCCACCUCCGCCAUCACCUCCGCGCCCACGUCCACGCAUCCGUCCACGCAUCGUGUCAGCAUCUCCGACCACAGCUCACCCAGGGCCCAGGACUCACCCAGGACCCAGGGCUCACCCAGGACCCAGGGCUCACCCAGGACCCAGGGCUCACCCAAGGUCCAGAGCUCACCCAAGGCCCAGGGCUCACCCAAGGCCCAGGGCUCACCCAAGGCCCAGGGCUCUCCCAAGCCCCAGGGUUCUCCCAAGCCCCAGGGCUCACCCAGGGCCCAGUCUCCCAGCAUACCCUCUAUCCCCAACCAGGCUGGCAGCAAGGCACCCAGCGAGCCAGGCGAUGCUGUUUCCAAGAACAACAAGCAGAGCAAGAAGACAGCAGCCACACAGAUGGCCACCGGGCCCACAGCAGUGGUUGCACCAGUGGUCCCACAGGUGGCCGGCAGCAGCUCAGCAUCCGAGCUGAUGGUUCCCUGUCACUCAGACUCCUCUCUGGAGUAUAUGUCUGAGUCCACCACGGAGAUCACCUGUAAAUGGCCAGGCUAUGGCCACCAGCUGCGCUGUCCGAGACACUGCUGGCUCUUGCAACACCUGGCCUACUAGGGUCCCACCUGGACGAGACCACAGGACACACCUGCCCACAGGAGCCACAUGAGACACCUACCCACCGGAGCACUGUAAGAGAGCCGCAUGGAGCCGCCCACCUAGAGAACAAGCCAAACAUCCACCCCGAAACCGCAUGCAGCACCCACCAGCUGGACCCCCACACGUACAGCCUGCCUGUGGACUCCUAUGCAAAACGUCUACCAUGGGAGGCCCACGGAAAACAUCCGUCAGGGUACACCUUAAGAACCACCACCUGGGGGUUCCCGCGUGUAACAUCCAUCCUCCGAGGCACACAAUAAAAUCACCCGCUCAGGCUCA